AUGUCGACCUACGGCCUCGGGUUUGAUUUCGGCACUUCAGGUGCUCGGAUCAACGUCGUAGAGGAGGAGAACCUGGAGGUCGUGUAUGAAGCUUCCUGCUCCUACAGCGACCAGACCCCGCAAGUCUGGGUGGACGCGCUCGAGUCCCUGACUACCAACGUCCCCGAGGAGGUUGGCUGGAGGACGACAGUGCGAGCAUACCUGACGUUCCUGCAGAUCCGAAAGUCCAUCAAGAGGAUCAGCGUUAGCGGGACUUCGGCGUCAGUGAUGAUAUACAACACGAGGAAGGGGCUGGUGACCCGGGGCCCCCGCAUGUAUGACUUCUCCGCAUCAGCUGACAGCGUCAAGGUCGUGUCAGCGUUCGCACCGCCGGGUCACACUGUCCGCUCACCGACCUCCACGCUGCCCAAAUUGAUCAUGUGGAACCAAGAGGAGAAGAUCGGAGCGGACGAAGUCUUGUGUCAUCAGGCCGACUUCUUGUCGAGCCAGUUUUCAGGCAGGACUGACAGGUUUGUGUCGGACUGGAACAACGUUCUCAAACUGGGUUAUGACGUCAAGAACUUGCAAUAUCCGCAGUGGAUGGCUGACCUCUUUGCUGCUCAGAAGCUCUCGACUGACAUGUAA